AUGUCGUGCACUUUUGUCCCGGUCUCCCCCUCCAGCGAUUUCUCUCUGCAGAACCUGCCGUUUGGCAUCUUCUCGACGGCGUCUACUCCGGCGCGCGUGGGCGUGGCCAUCGGCGAGUACGUGCUCGACCUGACGGCGCUUUCCAAGCACGGUCUGUUCUCGCACAUCUCUGAUCUGCAGGCCGAGGCGGUCUUCAGCCAGCCCUCGCUGAACGCAUACAUGGCGCUGGGACGGCCGGUGUGGGUCGCUGUUCGCGCUGCGCUGCAGGAGUUCCUGACCAACUCUGCGCACCCCGCCCGCUCCGUGUCGGUCUCGGACGUGGCCGUGGAGCAGUCCUCGGUGACGAUGCACCUGCCGGCCAAGAUCGGCGACUACACAGAUUUCUACGCGUCGCGCGAGCACGCGACGAACGUGGGAGUGAUGUUCCGCGGCAAGGACAAUGCGCUGAUGCCCAACUGGACGCAUCUGCCGGUGGGCUACCACGGACGGGCGUCGUCGGUGGUGGUGUCGGGCACGCCUCUGAGGCGGCCGAACGGGCAGCGGCGCCCGGAUGCGACGAAGCCGCCUGUGUUUGGCCCGUCUGUGCGCGUGGACUAUGAGCUCGAGAUGGCGCUGUUUGUGGGCCCUGGCAAUGAGCUCGGCGAGCCGCUGACGAUGGCGCAGGCCGAGGAGCGCAUGUUUGGCGUUGUGCUGAUGAACGACUGGAGCGCGCGCGAUAUCCAGGCCUGGGAGUACGUGCCGCUGGGCCCGUUCCUGGGCAAGAACUUUGGCACCACGAUCUCGCCCUGGGUCGUCACCAUGGAGGCGCUCGAGCCGUUCCGUGUUGCGCAGCCGGCUCAGGAUCCUGAGCCCCUGCCCUACCUGCGUGACUCGACCAGCUCGGGCUACGACAUCCAGCUCAAGGUGGAGAUCAAGCCGAGCGGCUCGGACGAGUACUAUGCGCUGACCAACUCGAACCUCAAGUACAUGUACUGGUCGCUGAAGCAGCAGCUGACCCACCACGCCAUCAACGGGUGCAGCAUGCAGCCGGGUGACCUGCUGGGCACCGGCACCAUCAGCGGACCCACCGAGGACAGCUUCGGGUCGAUGCUCGAGCUGUCGUGGUCUGGCAAGAACGACAUCAAGCUGGGCGACUCGGGCCUCACGCGCAAGUUCGUUGAUGACAACGACGAGGUCCGGGUCACCGGCUUCUGCCAGGGCGACGGCUUCCGGGUCGGCUUUGGCGAGUGCGUUGGCCAGAUCCUGCCGGCCAAGCAGCUCGACUUACACCUGCUGAAGCAUCGCAAGAACGGCACGGACGGAUUCACCGCCUUCCAGCUCACAGCAAAUUUCCUGUACCGCGAGCUGCCGGUGCGAAUUGGCCAGACGAUCAACGGCCUGGAGCAGAAUCCGUCGCCGUACAAGAUUGGCAAAGUGCCACAGCUGCGCACACUGCUGGAGCGAUACACCGACGACCUCACGCUGCUGGUAAGCCAGACACCAGCACCCAGCACACCAGACAAUAACACCCAGUUCGUCAAUGCGCUGCGGCGGUUGAAGGGUCGGUACCGGGAACACAUGUGGACCAUGGCGCAGGGCCUGCGCGAGCUGUCGGCAGCCAUCCGCGACGAGAAUCCUGACAUUGUGCCGAAAUUUCUGCGGCCCUCGGCGGCGCGGCGGCGGCGAAUGGGUGGGAAGGCGCCGCAUCACCUGUCAUCAACACUGGCGUACCCCGACCUGUCGGCGCCGAUGGCCUAUCUGGCACCCAGCGGCAAAAUGGUGAUGACCGAUCCCGCCGCAUGGUCGGCGAGCGGUGAGCCGGCGCAGCCGCAGCAGUGGGCGGCCAACCGGGUGUGCAGCGAGUUCUGCAACGAGCCGCAGUGCCGCAACCCGCGGCUCUGGGACGGCGACUCGACGCGGCGGUGCGCCGAGAACCAGACACGGCGGCUGUUUGACUGGGUGUACUCGAUGAGCCUGGGCACGCAGCUGCUGAUUGAGGACCACAUGUCCAUCCACGACCACGGCCGCAAUCUGGUACAGAUUAUCCAGCCGCUGGAGAUCGCCACGCGUGCCGCCCAUGACGCCAGCAUUACGUGCCAGCGGCACUACGGCUUUGCGCCGCCAGUAGUGCGUGUCAUCGCACCGCAGCCAACCACCACCACGACGUAUGUGCCGCACCACUUGUACAGCCUGCUGUUCGAGCUGCUGAAGAACGCGCUGCGGGCCACUGUUGAGACUCACCGUGGUUCAAAGUUCCCGCCUGUCAAGCUGAUCAUGGCGAGCGGCGACGAGGACGUAGCAUUCAAGGUCAGCGACGAGGGCGGCGGCAUCCCGCUGUCGCAGGUCGAUGCGAUCUGGUCGUACCUAGGCACCACCGAGCACCCGGUCGAGCCCAGCACCCGGUCCAAGACUGAUACCAUGAGCUCCAUAUCGUUCAUGAAGCACGCUGCCGACAUGCCCUUGUUUGGUGCCGGCCACAGCCUGCCGAUGGCGCGCCAGCUGGCCCGAUACUUUGGCGGCGACUUGGACUUGGUAUCGAUGGAGGGCGUAGGCACCGACUUCUACCUACACCUAUCACGUUCCAAGAACGUCGUUGAGCACAUGCCCGACAUCACCGACUUCAUGAGCACCAUGGCCAGCGACUCGCUGGCAUCGUCAUCACCCACGGUGUAGGGGCUAUUUAACUACUUGUUUCCAAUAUUGUACUGUAAAAAAAAGCUUCUUACUCGCUUGCCACUGCUGGUUCCUGCGCCCGCUGCUUCAGCUUGUUCAUCUUCUCCAUCAUCUCGCCGACACUCUCUGUGCACUCGUACAGAUCGCGCAGGCUGUCGAUGCAGACGGCCGGGUUGUCCGAGUUCUUGUUCAGGCACGCCUGGUACUUGUCGAUCGUCGGCUGGCACGACAUGCGGACCAUCUUCAUCAGAGUGACAUUCUCGUCUGUGCACUUGGUCAGCGCCUUGCGCAGCUCCAGGCAAUCAACCUUCCAUGUCUGCUCGUGUCCGUCCACGCAUGAUGCGUAUGCCUGGACGUGCUCGCCGCAGUGCUUGUUUACUUCGUCCAAUGUCUGGUCCAUUGUAGUGAUUUUGCUGUUGGAAUGUGAAGAGAGUGAAAUUGAAAUUCUUGGCAGCGAGAGAUAGAAAGCUUACGCUAAACUCUGGGAG